AUGGAAUUCAAGUUCGAGUUCCCGCUGGGUGGCGGGUCCGGCGAUGGCGGGAACCCCGGGGGGCGGCGCCCGGAGCCCGGGUCCGGCGAUGGCGGGAACCCCGGGGACCGCCAGGGCCCGGCGCCUGCGGCCGCCCAGCGCCGCCGCCUCCGGGAGCACGUGGUCGGGGACCCCGCCGACCUGAGGCCGCUGCUGGAGCGGACGGCGGCGGCGGUGUCGGUGCUGGAGGCCGGCGGCCUCCGGAUCAAACACAUCGAGCCUUCGGCCUUACUGUGGCCCGGGGCCGAGGGGGAGGAGGAGGAGGGGCCCGGGGCCGAGGGGGAGGAGGAGGAGGGGCCCGGGGCCGAGGGGGAGGAGGAGGAGGGGCCCGGGGCCGAGGGGGAGGAGGAGGAGGGGCCCGGGGCCGAGGGGGAGGAGGGGCCCGGGGAGGGGGAACCCGGGGCUGCGGGGAGGGAGGAGGGUCCUGGGGCUGCGGGGUCGGGGCCCGGGGCCGAGGAGGGGGGACCCGGGGAGGAGGGGCCCGGGGCCGAGGAGGGGGGACCCGGGGAGGAGGGGCCCGGGGCCGAGGGGGAGGAGGAGGAGGGGCCCGGGGCCGAGGGGGAGGAGGGGGGGGGCCCCGGGGAGGAGGAGGAGGAGGGACCCGGGGCUGAGGAGGGGGGACCCGGGGAGGAGGGGCCCGGGGCCGAGGAGGGGGGACCCGGGGAGGAGGGGCCCGGGGCCGAGGAGGAGGAGGGACCUGGGGCCGAGGAGGGGGGCCAUGUGGGUGAGAGAGCUGCGCCAGGGCCGGGGAAGGAAAGGCCUGGGGCUGGGCAGGGGAGACUCCCCUGGGAUCUGCUGUCCCUCUCGGAUCUGGUGCCCGGCUUGUACGAGGGCGGCCUGAAGGUCUGGGAGUGCACCGCGGACCUGGUCGACUACCUGGCCGGCGUGGAGCUGCGGGGCUUGAGGGUCCUCGACCUGGGCUGCGGCGCCGGGCUGCUGGGCAUCGCCGCCCUGGGCAAGGGCGCGGCCUGCGUCCACUUCCAGGACUACAACGGCGAGGUGCUGGAGUGGCUCACCAUCCCCAACGUGGCCCUGCUGGGACGGUCGCUCCCUGGGCCUGAGGUGGGAGGAGACGACGAGCCACCUGCGAAACGCAGCCGAGCCGAAGGCUCCCUCCUCGCCCGCUGCCGCUUCUUCUCGGGGCCCUGGUCCCUCUUUGCUCAGGUUCACGGUGACCGCGAUGCUUCCUUCAAGUACGAUGUCAUCCUGAGUUCCGAGACGCUCUACAACCCCCACAGCUACGCCGCGCUGCACCACGCACUGACCAGUCUGCUCUCAGACCAAGGAACCAUCUACCUGGCCACCAAAGCCCAUUACUUUGGGGUCGGUGGGGGCAUCCACCUCUUCCAGAACUUUGUAAAGGAGAAGCAGAUCUUUGACCUCAGGACAGUGAAAGUAAUUGAUGAUGGACUCCAGAGAUGCAUUGCAUUAAUGUCCUUCAGGAGGGGGAGGUCACCUUGACCUUCUUCUUCACUGCAUUGUGAUUAUGGUUGGAGCAGUGGUCUUGACCUUGGAAUAGGAAGGCUUUUUAUGCCGUGAAACUUGUUUUAACAUUAUACAUCAAACAAUACUUCUCUUUAAAUAAGUUGGCAUACCUUUCGCAAUUAUUUUCAAAUGCAUUGACUCCGGGAUGUGAAUGUAAUCAUGCUGCGCCAUCAGGCCCCCAUGAGCCAAAUUGGAUGAUUCUGUAUUGUUAACUGCUCAUAUUUAAUGCAAGUAUUUAAAAAGGAAAUGUGCAACAAAUACACCUGUUAGAAUUUAACUCUGAACUUACUACUGCAAAGAUGACUGAAUCAUGCAUUCUGAAAGUAUUUUUCCGUGGUCUACUUCAGUGACAAAAAUAUUUGGCUUGAACCUUCAUUAGUAAAAGACUAAGUCUCAAUCAAUGCUUCAGGAUAUGACAACAAUGUGUUUGAAGUACUGUGCAAAGCUUUCAGAGGAUAUUUCUGCUGAAAAGGUCGUGUGCCUUAGGACUCUGAAAGUGUUAGAUUUUAAUAUCAGCUCUGAUAAAGCAAGUGGCAAACGAGGAAAAAGGAUUGGUCCUAUUUGGAAUUAUAUUUUUUUUGGAGUUUAUCUGAUACUGUACAGGAUCUGCCAAUGUAUUUAAUGUUGGAAAUGGUGCCAGAAAUGUAAAUGUGUUUACAAUAAAUAUAUCUCCUGCAAGGACACGAGCCCACAGGAGAAGUAAAAUUUUUAUGCCUUCAAUGUUAAAUACAUUUUUAUUUAAAUAAAUCUGUUAUGAGCAUCAUCGAUAAUAUUUUCAUCAAGUUGAACGGCUAAAAGUUGGAGUUGAAAUGGUUACAUUGUAAAAGUGACUGUGACUUCCCAGUGAAAUAGGAAAACUACUAUUUGUGCUAAGUAACAUUAUGAUGUGUUACGUUACGAUAAAAUCAAUACUUGUGUUGAACUCCAGCCAGCACUUCUGUAUAACUCUAGGUAAAUGCUCUUAACAUGUGAGAUUCCAGAAUAAGGUUUCCUAUUUAUGAUAUCAGAUUAAUAAUUUGAACGCUGCUGUCCUGCCAGAGCUUAAUUAGAUAUUCACAAGGUCUGGAUCAAACCUAGACAUUGGUAUACGUGAUGGACCUUAGUGACUAGAUCUGAAUGCACAAUUGGGUUUGUAGCUUGGCUAGAUAAUUAUAACAGCAUCACCAGUUAUAGACUAUUGAUUUGACAAUAUGAUUCAUCAUUUUGUUUAAUUUUCAUUGUAAGGGUAUGUGAAAUAAUGGAAUAAAUGAUUGAA